UAGUAGCAUGGGGCUGCUGAAAUUCCUUGGCGGUUCCUCUUUUAAAAAAUAUAAAGCUGCUAUUGACCAGCAAUAAGAUGUACACCAGAUAAUCAGAGAGCUCCAUCAAAACCACUGGACGGCACUGUGUAUUGCAAUGAGGAUCUUCAUUGUUCUGUGCUUUCUAAUAUCAGAUGAAACAAUCAGAGCUGCAGUGAAUCCAGGUAUCCCAAAGCCUGGUGAUCUCCUUGUUGGCGACCGCAAACUCUACGAGCAUUGGGCAGUGUUUUAUGGUGAUGGUCAAGUCAUUCACGUGGCUGGAAACCUCUCCACAGCUGCAGAAAGAUAUCUGAUGUCACUGGGGCCAGAUGAGGAGCCAACUGAAGAUGGGUUUGAAGAGUUUAUGGCAGAACUCAAGAAUAACAGUACAUCAGGAAAAGGAUUUCAGAAAGUGUUAGUCGAAGCUGAAUCAUCUGGCAUUGUCAUAAAGAAGGAGACAUUAGCAACAGCGGGUGUUUCUCUAAUUCAUAAUCCGCAAUAUGAUAAUCGGCACCUGGCAAACUUCACUUUCUCUCCAUUUCCACCUGAUGAGAUCCUGAAUCGACUCAAUAAGUUUAUUAACAAGAGUUACCCUUAUAGCCUCUUGUACCUGAACUGUGAACAUUUUGCCACAUUUGCCCGCUAUGGCAUAGCUAUUUCUGACCAGGCAGAAAAACAUUUAAAUCAGCAGGAACAAGUUAGUCGUAUCAUCACUGCAACAAAGCAAUUAAAAGAUCUGAUGAAUGAACAUGCAUCCUCAAUGUCUGCCGGCUUUGCAUAUCGUGCAGUUAAAGAAAAGUCAAAGGGGAGGCACGGAGAUGGAUACCUGAAUGGUCCUGAUUUCCCAAGCCCCGGGUCUCAAAACUCAGGGGGGGUCCUUCUGAAAAUGGAACCAACUAAGUUUUUGAAAGCUCAGCCCAAGAGAUCUGGCAAAGGUUCUAUGCACCCUAAAAGCAAUGAAGUGAAAUGAAUAAUACAAAGCUACCUGGCAAACCUUAAAGGGAGUGUCGACGAUGCUGCAACACCAGCAAGAAGCAAGAAUGCCAUAAAAAAUGGAAUCUUUAUCAAGUAAUAAUAUUUGUAGCUUUUGCUUAAAAUGCUUGCAAUUUUAUUCAUAUAAUAAAUGUGUGAU